ACAGUUUUCUCUGCAUGUCACGUCAGUGUUUAUUGGGAUGAGCAGACAUGCUGACAUGGACUUUAAUUAAGUUAAACAGAUCUACAGUAUGAGGAUGAUGAACAAACUGGACUUUUCAGGAUCUGUCCUUUGAGACCGCUUGAUUACAGCUGACCUCAGUGAGUGACGUCAAUGUCGGAUUAACCUUUUGAAGUAAGUUCACUGCUCUCAAACUGUUCCCAAUCUGUUUGAGUCAUUGGGGAGUUGUUAUUAUUUUAAUGAUUUUUACUCGUGCAAUGCCAAUUGAAAGGUUUAGUCGUCGUAUUUGCAAUAUUAAGAUGUAGUUGUACAUUUCAGAAUGAACAAAAUCAUUAUUUACGCAUUUUAUACGCAGUCAAACUGAAGUGAAGGCAUGAUAUGAUGGUUAACUGAGUAUUUUAAGCACAAUGUUGUUUGCUACAUGAAAGCAGCAGGAAUGGAUCAGGAUAUGGUGAAUAUGUUUGCCAUUGCUGCAGGGACUCUUGCUAUUCCUCUGCUCCUCUUCAUGGCCUCCUUUAUGCUGUGGCCAUCAUCACUCAUCAAAGUCUAUUACUGGUACUGGCGGAGAACUCUGGGUCUGCAGGUGCGUUAUGCAGACUGUGCUGGUUAUCGCUUCUGUUUCUCACACAGAGGGAAACCAGGCCUCAGACCCUCUAUACUGAUGCUGCACGACUUCUCUGCUCAUAAAGACACAUGGCUGCCCAUGCUGAAGUACCUUCCCAAACAUCUGCAUCUGCUGUGUGUUGACAUGCCAGGACAUGAGGGUACAACACGUACCAACACAGACGACUAUUCAAUCCAGGGCCAGGUCAAGAGAAUACGUCAGUUUGUAGAGACCAUUCGACUGAACAGAAAGCCGUUUCACCUGGUGGGCACAUCAAUGGGUGGCACUGUGGCAGGAGUGUAUGCAGCCUGUCACCCCUCUGAUCUCUGUGGUUUAACCCUCAUCUGUCCUGCCGGUCUGAAGAACCAAAACGAGAGCAAGUUUGACAGUCAGAUGCAUGAUGUGGAGCACAGCCACUACACACUCGACAUUCCACUUAUUCCCUCCACUCCUGAGGAGAUGGAGGAGAUGCUGAAGCUCUGUUCACACGUGCGCUUCAGAGUCCCUCAACAGAUUCUCCAAGGCCUGGUGGAUGUACGAAUACCACACAAUGACUUUUAUCACGAGGUGUUCAUGGAAAUUAUGAGUGAAAAUUCUAAAUAUGCUUUGCAUGAGCAUCUACAGGAAAUAAUUACCCCUUUACAAGUCAUAUGGGGCAAGCAGGACCAGGUGGUGGAUGUGUCUGGGGCAGCAGUGAUCGCUGAGACUCUUCCAGGCUGUCGUGUUGAUCUGCUGGAAAAUUGCGGUCAUUCAGUUGUGAUGGAGCGACCGCGACAAACAGCCAAACUCAUUUUCGAUUUCAUCAUCUCUCAGCAGGGCACAGAGAGCGUCAGCAUGAAGAAGAAAUCCUGAGAUCUGCCAUCCCACACAUACUGCAUAAUACUUUUUUAAGAAGUAUUUAAUAAACUAAAAAUACUAACUAAUACUCAUACAAGAAUUCUGCAGUAUGUCCACCUUUAAAGUUUUUUGAUCCAUUUAAAACAAAAUGAACACAAUGUAUUUAUAGAAUAAGCACUUUAAAAAACUCCUGAAUCACUUCAGUAAGCCUAAUUAAAUUAAUACACACAGUUACAGUUAGCCUAAUAAAAUUAGUAAUUUUUUAUUGUAGGACUAUAUUACAUUGGUUGUGUUGCUAAAGGGACAGUUCACAUAAAACGAAAAUUCUGUCAUCCUUUACUCAUCUCCCACUUGUUUCAAACCUAUUUGAGUUUCUUUUGUUGAAGAAACAACUUCCUAAAUAAUUAAGUAUGAGUAAAUGGUAAGAACAUGUUUUAUUUAUUUUUUUAUUUACAUUUUUUAUUUAUUUUAUUUUAUUUUUUUUGUAUGUUAUCUCUUUAAAUCCAGUACCUCCACUAUGACAGAGAAAAUUAGCUCUGGAUUUAGUAGUUGUGUAAUGUGUAGUUUUAUUUAUUAACCACUUGGGUGCCAAAAGUUACAUACUGUAGCAAGAGACUGUGCAGUGGAAAGUGUAAACUACCAUUACUUGCCCCAAAAUGUAGUAAAAGUAGAGUAAACGUAUCAAUUGUAAAUAUUACUCAAAGUAUGAGUAAAAAGUAGCCCUUUUAAAAGUACUCAAGAGUAGUGAGUAUUG